AUGAUUUGUGAGAUAGGGUAUUCUGCGGAUGACACAAUGUACUAUCAUUAUAGAAUUCCUAAUCUAGACUUAGAUUUUGGAUUGAAGGCUCUAGGAAAUGAUCAAGACGUUAUAUCUAUGACUCAAUUUGUCCCUCAAAACAGAGUGAUUAAUGUGUACGUUGAACAUGGUUCUACAAGACUUCAUACUUACUUCAUGUCCCCAAUUAAAGUUGUUAUUGAGCAACUGGAUGAUGAUCCUUCUCCUGAGCUUAAUAGGAUUAGGCCUAAGAAGAAGGGAAUUGUUUCGUGUAGCAAGAAAUUAGACAUGAAUGUCCCACUUAAAGAAUCAGCUAAUCAAGCUCAGAGAGAAGAUGGUGUGUAUGAUUUUUCCAUGUCCCUAGUUCCUUUUGAGCCAAACAAACAAGACAUGGUUAAUGAGUUUAAGGAUGAUUCGUAUUUCCCUGUACCAGAAGAAACUGAUACAAUGCAAGAAAUUACAGUUGAUAUUAAUUGCCAGAAUCAUAGGGAAAUGCUAGAUGAUUUUGAGCCUUUUAGUAGUGAUGGAUAUCAGAAUAUAGGUGAGUUUGAAAGAGAGGUUGAAGCUGAAGAAGAACAGGAUGAAGAAGAUGAACAAGGGUGUGCAGAGGAUUCAAAAGAUGAUUUAGAAGAGCAUACAGAAGAAGAUGAUGAUUCUGACUACAUUGUUGACCCAGAAGCUAUUUUAGAUGAUUGGGAGGUUGACAUGAGAGAGUUUCACAGUUGUGUGGAUGAGAUUGAAUGGUUUGGACAAGGUCCAAACAUAGAAUUAGAUUUAAAUCAAGAUGAUGAUUUAGGUGUGAUCAACAAUGAUGAGUUUGAAAGUGCAGGAUAUGAGGAAGACCUAAGGAAGAGAAUGUUAAAAAACCUGAACAAGAAUGUGCCUUGUUCUUCUGGGGUAGUUCAUGUUACACCAUUUUUUGUUGGAAGGCCAAAGAAAAAGAGGAGGAGGGCUAUAGAUGAGCCUACUAACCAGUCAAAAAACCUAUCUAGGAAAUUCUUGACUGUUACUUGUUCCAAGUGUCAUAACAAAGGUCAUAACUCUAGAACAUGUAAAGGGAAAGGGGGGUCAAGUCAGAGAGCAGUGGGUGGAUCAAGUCUAGGUGGUGUGGGUGGAUCAAGUAAAGAUGCAGUUGGUGGAAAAAGUCAAGGUUCAGUGGGUGGAUCAAGUGAAAAUGUCAUGGGUGGGUUAAGAGCAAAGAAGAUAGACAAGGGAAAAAAAGCCUCAAGUAGGACCUAAGUGAAGUUGGAUACAGAUGAAAGCAUGACUAAUCAAGUUAUUUGGAUACCUUUUGUUUAAGAUUAUAAACUUGUGUUGAUG